CUGGUGCCCGGAGAAUGCUCAGAGGAGUUCCAGUGCGUGCUUAAGAUUGUGUACAAGUGGAAAACACUGCCCAGGGGGUGGUUUUCGUGUGGUUUCCAGCUGAUUUGUCUUCCCGUUGCCGUCGUCGGACUCCAUCAUGGGGAUGUCUGAACCCAUCGAUAGCCACUACGAAGUGCCCAUCAUAGCCAAGCUGCUCCACAAACUUCCGCACUACAACAUCACCUUCCAUCGUAUCGCGAACACAACGUUCCGGCCAACGGAUGCCGUCUACUUGGAGAGUCUCGGGAUUCUGGGCUCUGUUCCAGCCGCUCUGCUGAUCGUCUCGCUCUUCGGGCUGCUGCUCUACCUCAUGACGCGUUGCUGCGACCGGAAGCCGCGUCCUGCACACUCCAUCAAGAGCCUCAAGAUCACGCUCUCCAUCGUCACUGUGCUGUGCUGCGGCGCAAUCGGGUUGGGGCUCUACGGCAACGACGACUUGCACAAUGGGCUCUUGGAGGUACUCACGGCCGGCCGGAAGGUGGACAGUAUCGUGUCUUCCGUGAGGAAUCAGACCCACAUUCUGGAGAACACUUUGGCGAUGAAGAUAAGGCCUCAGCUAGUGGAGUUGGCGGAUAUCUUUGACCAGCCGGCGUCCAAUCAAACGGCUCUCUCGCAACUCAUCCUGGCGCUGAACGUGGUGCAGGGAAACGUGACCAUCGCCAUCAAUGCCGCCGGAGACAUUCGUCGCCCACUGAUGGGGAUUGUGAUGUCGCACUUCCUGAAUAAGGGCGACCAGUGGGAGUUGAUCCGGUGGCCGGGCACUGUGGCCAUCCUGGCGCUCCUGCUCGUGCUCUGCGCUGUGCUUCUUGUGGGCGUUGCCAGACACUCGCGCUGCGCUCUAAUUCUCUUUAGUGUGUGCGGAUUGUUGGCCGUGACGGGCUCCUGGCUCAUGUCCGGACUCUACCUGUCCACGUCCGUGGCUGUGGGUGAUUUGUGCAUCGAUCCGGCAGAGUAUCUCGCCUCGGAAGCUCCUCACGAGAUGCCCACAGAUGUUUUGCUGUACUACACUCAGUGCGAGAGUGUGCGCUCGAAUCCCUUCACGCAACGUCUGCGGGAAUCCCAGAACUCCAUCAACAACGCCCGCACUGCCAUGUCGACUGUGUCCAAGGUGUCUCUGGUUCUGUUUAAAUCGGCCGGAUUGCAGCCAAAGUUGGGCGCUGUGACGGCGGACUUGAAUCUGAGUGAGCGACUUCUCACUCAACUCACCGCCCUCGUGGACUGCAAGGCGAUUCACUACAAUUAUCUCACGGCAGCACGCGGGUUGUGCGAUGAUGGCCUCAUGGGAUUAGUGCUAAUGCUCAUUGCCAGCUUUAUCGCUGCAAUUCUGCUAACAGUUAUGGUUUGGGUGGAUUCUCAUACUUGGAUCUACAUUCGCAAGAGAAAUGAUUAUUCCCAAGUGGAGGAACCCUCCUACAUUUCCCACCAGCCGCAACAGAAUCAUCAAACUAUGGCCAGAACACUGCCUCGCAACCAUAAUGGACCACCAGCCAUCAGUGGAUCUCACACUUUGGCCCACGGUGGGAAGAGGCAUCAUGAGAUGAUGGCUCACCCACAUGUGCAUCCCCACCACGGCACGAUGCGCCCGAUGGGCACACACACCCUGGGUCGUCUGCCGUCGCACAACCACAGUCCUGGCCACAAUAUGCCGGGUCCCAAUAAUGGCAAGUACGCGACGCUCAGCAAGCAGUGCAAAACGCUGGAGGCAAACGACUUCUACUGAAAUUCAGCCGCCUGUGGCGACCCGCACGGCAACUCGUCUCACGCUCACCACCAUCAUCAUCACUACUCGGAUGGGCAUCAGGUGAAGAUCCAGACACAGCAGCAACCGCUCGCCGUGGGCUCUA